CGUAACCCCGCCUACCAGGGAAACGGGCCCGGGACGCAGACACCGCCCUCGCCGGCAUGAAGCCUCCGCAGCGGCGGCGAGCGGCCCCGGCGCGCUACCUGGGUGAGGUGACCGGCCCCGCGGCCUGGAGCGCCCGCGAGAAGCGGCAGCUGCUACGACUACUGCAGGCGCGGCAGGGCCAGCCGGAGCCGGACGCCGCUGAGCUGGCCCGGGAGCUGCCGGGCCGCAGCGAGGCGGAGAUCCGGGACUUCCUACGGCAGCUCAAGGGCCGCGUGGUCCGGGAGGCCAUUCAGAGGGUGCAUCCCGGUGGCCCGCAGGGUCCGAGGCGCCGGGAAACACAGACCCCGGCCCCCAUCGAGGUAUGGAUGGAUCUGGCUGAGAAGAUAACGGGCCCGCUGGAGGAGGCCCUGACUGUGGCUUUCUCACAGGUACUCACCAUCGCGGCCACGGAGCCCGUCAGCCUCCUGCACUCCAAGCCCCCCAAGCCCACACAGGCGCGUGGGAAGCUACUGCUGCUCAGCGCCCCUGGAGGGCGGGAGGACUCGAGCCCUGACACCCCGGGCCCCGCCCCUAAGGCGAAUGGCCCCGCCCCCGAGGCACCUUCUGCAUCCCUGGCUGACCCGUCGUCGGAAGGCGACUUCUCCGUGGACUUUGAGAAGAUCUACAAGUAUCUGUCGUCCGUCUCCCGCAGGUGUCAUGGCCCUGAGCUUUCUGCAGCUGAGGCAGCGGUGGUCCUCGACCUGCUCUUGGCACUUCCCGAGGAGCUGCUCCGCCUGCCCUGCGAUGCCCUGGUUAAACACAUGUCGGAUAUGUACGUGCACCUGACAGCCCCUCAGCCGGACCCAGCCACAGAGGGCCUGGUGCCUGGAGCUGAGGAUGCCGGGACAAGCUCCCCGGGGCAAGAGGAGGCCAGCCAGGCCGUGCCCCUGGCUCCAGAGAAUGCCCCGCCCAGUGAGCCAAGGUCUGCUUGGCAAGCAGCUGGGGUCUGCCCCCUGAACCCGUUCCUGGUGCCCCUGGAAUUGCUGGGCCAGGCAGCCAGCCCUGCGAGGUGAAGGCCCGGUAGGGGGAAAAUACACCAGACAUCUGUGAGCCCCCUGGCCCUCAGUCCUGCCUGGGCUGGUCCUGGGUUGUCAGGAGGACCCAGCCACGGUGGAAGGUCCCUGACAUGGUGGGCAGCAGGGGGUGGCCUUGAAGAUGAUCGACACGGUAGGGGUCUCCGAAACAGAAGCACAGUUGUACAGGGGUUUGGCCACAGAACUGAGGUGGGGGCAGCCAGCUCCUCCCCCCACAAAGCCUGUCCCAACAUCCUGUAUCCUAUGUCCUGUGAGUAAAGUUCUUGCCAUUA